GCCAUUGUUGUUAGCGAGGGAGCGAGAGUUAUAUAAUCAACGAGCAAUAUAAGAAAAGACAAUGCAACCUAGUGCUUUAUUCGGGUAUCUAUACACGUAUAUCUGCAAGCAGUAGGGUCACGUGCAGCUUAUACGAGCCAGGGAGCGAAAAACAAGGAUACAAUUCCAUUGCAUAAAUCCGCUACGCUAAGUAAACCUCAGCAUCACCACUCCUCUCCAUCUCUAGAUAACAAUAUGGGAGACCGUCCGAGAUACAGUCAUGACCAGCUCGAACAAUAUUUCAACCGAAUUGCGCUACCUGAGCAAAACCGCUUGCACUCGGUAGCGGCAGUCCCAGACGAUGUUAAGCUGAGCUACUUAUCCCUCCUAAAUAAGCAUAACAUAGUACGGAUCCCGUUCGAGAACUUGACGCUGCACUAUUCGUGGCAUAGAACCAUCAAUGUUCGGCCGCAGCAUUUAUUCAAUAAAAUCGUGCCGCCGCCUAGCCGUCGCGGUGGGUACUGCAUGGAGGCCAACUCUUUGUUCCACACCGUACUCUUGAGUCUUGGAUUCCAGGUGUACAUGGCGGGUGCCCGGGUCUAUAGCAAGGAAGCCGGUAAAUAUGGCGGUUUCUCACACUGCGUGAAUAUUGUCAUUAUCGGCAAGGACCGGUUCAUGGUGGACGUCGGCUUCGGCGCCAACGGCCCCACCGCCCCGGCCCGUCUGCGCCCCAACGAGCCGCGGCCGCAUAUCGAGGGCACGGAGGCGCUUAUGCGGUUUGUCCACGAAUCUAUCCCGCAGCAAGUCGACCAAGGGCAGAAGGUGUGGAUCUACCAACACCAGAUCAGCAGCGACGCCGAGUGGGUACCCAUGUACUGCUUCGUAGACAUCGAGUUCCUGCUUGAGGACAUCCGCGGGAUGAACCUGAGCCCGUGGAAGAGCCCCAGCUCGUGGUUUACGCAGAAAGUCGUGCUGUCGCGGUUUACUACCGACGCGGAGGACGAGGCGCACGAGUCUGCGUUUAUGAGCGACAAGGCAGUGGCUGAUGGUAGGAUCGACGGCGCGCUGAUAUUGUUCCAGGAUACGCUGAAGUGGCGCCGCGAGGGGCAGACAGUGCAGAUAGCGAGGUUUGAGACGGAGGAGCGGAGGCUUGAUGCUAUGAAGAAGUAUUUUGGUAUUGAGUUUGACGAGGAGGAUCGGGAGGCUAUUCGGGGUACGACGGGCGAGCUUAGUCAAGUUAAUUUCGCCAUCUAGGGUUAUGUCAUGGGUAUUUAUUAUGGGGUAACACUUUUCUCUUUGACGUAAAAUUAGAUGGUGCCUAUAAGUUUAAAGUGGUAGAAUUGAACAGUGUAUAUGGCUACUUACUGUUCGUGGUAAUUGAAACUCCUCCUUUUUUCAACUGCUACUAAGCUGCGAGAUAACUACAUAAUAACCUCCUAUAAACUAUAAAAGUAUUAGCAUGAUUCUGUGGCUUGGCCUUGAUGAGUUAAGAGUCAUGAUACAUAAAGCUAGAUAAACUAGAGCUUAAGAGGUGCGGUCAGCCUUGGACUCUCACUUUUUCAUAUUCUGGUGUCACAGAAAAG